UCACGGCUACAUAUAUUGACGAGGCACAACGAUAUGUAGCGGUUUGUGUGUUGAUAUCUUUUCUAGACUGAACAUCGAGAAGAGAAGGAGGGAACAGACUACGUGGAGCUCCGAAUCGAGGAAAACUUUCACACUGCAGUUCAUUAUAGGCGUGAGCAACGGAUGUUUUCGGCUGACAAUCCGUCGAUCGCGACCAACAGCAGUCUUACCUUUCCACUUUUCUCCUGCAUUUACCAUCAAGUUACCUUUCGUUCUAUUGUGGAAAGAUGAUGACCCCGAUGCGUUACAUCUUACUUGUCUUGGGCGUUAUUAUUUCAAUUCACUACAUCAUGAGCUUUACGUAUGAGGAAUACGGAAAGGCGACAUACAUCUCAAAUAUAGCAGAACAAUGGACUGGUCUAAAGUCAAACCCUCUCUACAAAACACCCGCGCCCGACGAGUACUGCCAGCCCGAUUCGUCCAUGCACUUGCAAGAUCGCAGAGCGAACGCCUCAAUCGUCGUACUUGUACGGAACUCUGAGCUUUGGGGAAUCAUGAGCAGUAUGAAGCAACUCGAGGAUAGGUUCAACAGGAAGUUCCAGUAUCCUUAUGUCUUCCUCAACGACAAGCCCUUUACGCAGAGCUUCAAGCAUCACAUAUGGGCCUUGACCAAUGCCACAGUCGAAUUCGGUCUCAUCCCAUCCGACCAUUGGCAUCAACCAUCGUGGAUUGAUGAAGAACGAGCAAGCAAGUCUCGCGAUGACAUGAUUAAGAACGAUGUGAUUUACGGAGGUAGCGUUUCAUACCGGAAUAUGUGUCGCUUCAAUUCUGGAUUCUUCUAUCGACACGAGCUCUUGCAGAAGUACAGGUACUAUUGGAGAGUCGAGCCAGACAUCCAGCUUUUCUGCGACGUGGACUAUGAUCCCUUUCUCAUGAUGCAAGACCAAAACAAGGUGUAUGGCUUUACUAUAACAUUAUACGAAUUCCCAACUACCAUCCCAACGCUAUGGGACGCUGUAAGGUCUUUCAUUGAUGCUAAUCCUGACUCUGUGGCUCCUGACAAUGCGAUGGAAUUUCUUUCUGAUGAUGGCGGAAAGUCAUACAGUCUGUGUCACUGUAGGUUACUGCACACCGCGACGUUUUCCUGUGUUAAUGAAAACACGUGGCCAGUCUGGAGCAACUUUGAAAUCGCAGAUCUUGACUUCUGGAGAGGCGAGGCAUAUUCGAAAUUCUUCGAUUAUCUCGAUGAGCAGGGUGGGUUCUAUUAUGAGCGUUGGGGAGAUGCACCAGUUCAUAGCAUCGGAGCUGCACUGUUCGCGAAGAAGGAACAAAUUCACUUCUUCAAUGACAUAGGGUAUCGCCAUGACCACUUCGAGCACUGUCCACAGGGAGAUGUGCACACGAAAGGAAAAUGUUGGUGCGACCCUGAUAAGAGUCUUGUUUCUUCAGACUAUCAGGUAUAUUCAUGCCUUUACCAAUAUGAUAAGCUAUUAUUGUAG